AAAAGAAAACCCCCAUACAAGACCGUAUCCUUCUGCUUAUGAUGUGAAAUACUGAUAUGCUGCAUUGUUUUCUACAGCCAUUAUCUACUGAGUGAUGUUUUAAUGGACGGAUGAGGAACAGAUAUGGGUUUAACAGCAGCUUUGAGCGAGUUUGUCGUCAUCCUCCUCUGUUUACCAGUGGUACGGAGUGAGAAUGACUGGGGUGUGACUUGCAUCUCGUCUCCGAUCUGUGCCUUGAAAGGAUCAACGGUGACCAUGAGCUGCACCUACUCAUACCCACCCACAAUACAUGGCCGUCACACUGUGGUGGAGAACACAUUCUGGUUCAUUAAACUUCCAAACCCAGAGCCUUUGGAUCUGAGGAUGCUCUCAGAGUAUGCAGGUCGAGUUCAACAUCGAUGUGACAGUAACACGUGCACACUGACGAUCACAGAUCUGAGAGACAGUGACUCAGCCUUGUACAAGUUCAGAUUAAUAACAAAUCAACCAGGUGGGUUUUAUACUGGCCCACAAGGAGUACAGCUGUCUGUCCAAGACCUAAUCAUAAAAAAGUCUUCCUCCAGGAAACUGCAUUGUCAAAUAAUUCCUAUCUCUUGUGAACAUUUUAAACCCAACUACAUCUGGUAUGACAAUGGAAAAAAGCAAAGCAAAGAAAUGAGGUCUAUUUCAGGCUAUUCCCCACACAGCUAUUCCUGUGCUGUGCCAGAAUAUGAGGAUUUCCACUCUCCUUCUAUGUGCUUACCUGAUAGAUGCAACAGUGUGACUUAUACUGAGAAGAGAAUCUGUGCAUUCAAAGGCUCAUCAGUCGACAUUUCUUGCUCUUAUGAAAGUGUGGGAUCUAUCGCUUCGCAAUUCUGGUUCAGUCCCAAUCGCAGCCAUCAGUGGCAGAAUCCCUCUCAGCCUGAGGACCUCAGUAAAGACUCACAUUUUAAUCAACGUGUCAAGGUAAAAACAGGUGGAAGGACAAACGGAAAGUCUACACUGAAAAUCACUGACCUGAGAGUGAGCGAUUCAGCCCAGUAUCGCUUCAAGUUCAGAGCAGGACGCUUUGAAUGGGGGAGUGAUUUCCCUGGUACAACUCUGACUGUGAAAGAUCCAGAUAUAAAAGUGGAGGUGAUCUGGUCCUCCGCUGGGUUAAGGCUGGUCUGUCAGAGCAGCUGUCCAGGUCCUCACUCUUACAUCUGGUACAGAAAUAAUGUAAAAAUUACAGAGGAGACGUCCUUUUCUUAUAGCAGACAUGUAGAUCUCGAAGAAAGUUAUUCCUGCGCAAUCAAAGGAUAUGAACGUCAUCGACCUCUUCCAGUGUAUGCUCCCAAAAUUCCUAAAGUGUUUGUGAGUCCCUCACCAGUUUUGGACAUAAUGGAAGGCAAUUCAGUGUCUCUGACCUGCAGCAGUGACGCCAACCCAGCGGCUAAAUAUGCCUGGUUCAGCAUGAACAAUACACAGCUGAACACAGAGACACAGCUUGUGUUCGUACCCAUCCAGUCCUCAGACUCUGGAGGUUAUCGUUGUACAGCUGAGAACGAGUUAGGGCAGAGGACGUCUAAGGUUAUUUCUAUUAAUGUACAAUAUCCUCCCAGGCGUCCCUCUGUGUCCGUGAGUCCGUCUGGUCCGAUAGUGGAGGGCAGUUCAGUGACUCUGACCUGCAGCAGUGAUGCGAACCCAGCAGCUCAUUAUACCUGGUACAAGGAGGAUCAAACCCUCACCCCAGGAAAAAACAGCAGUUACAGUUGGAUCAGGAUCAGCGCUGAAGACAAAGGGAGAUACCACUGCACAUCUGCAAACCAGCAUGGACAGAUGAACUCAAUGUUUCAGUUUAUAGAUGUUCAGUAUCCUCCAAGACUUCCCUCUGUGUCCGUGAGUCCGUCUGGUCAGAUAGUUCAGGGCAGUUCAGUGACUCUGACCUGUACCAGUGAUGCAAACCCACCUGUUACUAAAUACACCUGGUACAAGGAGGAUGAAGACUCACCAAAAGCAUCAGGACAGAACUUCACCAUCAUUGACUUCAAAUCUGAACACAGUGGGAAUUAUUACUGUGAAGCCCAGAACAGCAGAGGACGACAGAACUCCACCUCACAUCUGAUUGUGUUGACAGGUUCAUUGAAAUCAUCUGUUACUGGAACAAUCACUACUCUCCUCUUGGCUGUUACACUCCUGGCUAUUUUCGUGUGGAUUAGGAGAAAAGGGGUUUUCAAGCAGCAGCCCAGGCCUAGAGAAACACCAGAGAGCAGCACACGGUUGAGUACACAUGUAGAUGAUUCACGAGAUGAUUCAGCUGUAGCCCAGAGACAACCAGCAGAACAGCACGAUGACUGUCACUACUCCGUCAUCCACUUCAGUAAGAACCAGGAUUAUGCUCUUUACUCCAACACUGGACCAGCUCAGCUCCACAGACAAGAAGAGGAGGAGGAGGAUGAGGGGGAUGUUGUCUAUACUAAUGUCGAAUUUGUCAGUGCCAGUAGUUCUCCAAGGACAAACCAUCAAAAAGCUGCAGAGGAUCCAUUUACAAUUUACAGUGUGAUCAACAAAUGAUGACGGAUUUGUCGUAUCUUUAAGGACUGCAAACUGAAUAAGGAACCAUAGUCUAUUCUGGUUUAUUUGGUCCAGAUUAUUCAUUUGUGUCAUGAGGCCCAAGCUAUACAUCAGGUAACUAUACACCGAAAACAUAAUUAUGAACAUCAUACUCUAUAUCCACAAAUAUAAAAAAAAAAUCACCUGUCUUUUUUCAGUUCUUUUUCUUUUACCUUUUUGUUUUUCCUGUGUCUGCUGAUGUUUAGCACAUGUUCUUUCUGUUUGUAUGAUAGCAAUGCAGUUGGGUGUUUCUAUGAAACUGGUCCCUAAAAACCGAACAGAGGGGCUAAAAAUUCAAACCAGAUGUAGACUAAUCUU